AGGCCAUUCGGAUUUCCUCCUGAUCUUCGGCCUCUCAGGCUCUCACCAAAUUCUGUGCAGCCAUGGCGCUGUUAAUUUCCUCUUUGAUCUUCCUAUCCUUCUCUCUCACUACCCAUCUCUCCCAUGGCGCCGACACCAUCUCUGCAAACCAAUCUCUUUCUGGGGACCAAACCAUUGUUUCUUCUGGUGGGGGAAACUUCGAGCUGGGCUUCUUCAAGCCGGGUGAUGCUUCCAGAUACUAUAUCGGUAUCUGGUACAAGAAAGUAAGCACCCAGACUGUAGUUUGGGUAGCAAACAGAGAAACCCCAGUAUCUGAUAAGAGCUCUGCAGAGCUGAAAAUCGUGGAUGGCAAUUUGGUGCUCCUCAAUGAAUUAAAGAUCUCAAUUUGGAGCACAAAUAUCUCCUCCUCCUCCUCAAAAUCCGUGUCGGCGGUUCUUCAGGACUCCGGUAAUUUGAUUUUGAGUGAUGGGUCGAAUUCAAAAACGCCCCUUUGGCAGAGCAUCGAUAAUCCGGCGCAUACAUGGCUGCCCGGCGGCAAGCUUUCGUACAACAAAGUCACGAAGCAGAAACAGCUUUUAACUUCUUGGAAGAACUCCGAGGAUCCCGCACCCGGUUUGUUUUCUCUCGAGCUCGACCCGGUCGAAAAGCAAUACCUUAUAAGGUGGAACGGGAGUCAGCAGUAUUGGAACAGUGGAACUUGGAAUGGCCAUAUCUUCAGUUUGGUCCCAGAAAUGAGGUUGAAUUAUAUUUACAAUUUUACCUAUAUCGAUGAUGAUAACCAGAGCUAUUUUACAUAUUCGGUUUAUAACCCUGCUAUUAUCUCAAGAUUCAUUAUGGAUGUUUCGGGCCAAAUUAAGCAACUCACAUGGUUGGAGAGUAAUAAAGAAUGGAAUUUGUUUUGGUCACAGCCAAGACAGCAGUGUGAGGUUUAUGCUUACUGUGGGGCAUUUGCCACCUGCCAAAAUUCACUGCCUUUUUGCAAUUGUUUGAGUGGUUUUCAGCAUAAAUCGGAUAGAGAUUGGAGCCGGAAUGAUUUUUCCGGCGGUUGUGCGAGGAGUACGAUGUUGCAGUGUGAUAGUAAUGACACAAAAGGGCGACAAGACAAGUUUAUGCCGUACCCUCAGAUGAGACUUCCUGAGCAUUCCCAAUCUGAGAAUGUUGGAAGCUCUUCGGAUUGCGAAUCGUUUUGUCUGAGGAAUUGUUCUUGCAGCGCCUAUGCUUAUGAUAGUAAUCAGUGCUUGAUUUGGAAUGGAGAGAUCGAGAAUUUAGUGCAACUUGCCCAGAAUGAUGGUAGCGGAAGAACAAUUAACAUCAGACUUGCUGCCUCGGAGUUUGGGAGUGGGAAAAGUAAUAACGGAGCUGUGAUCGGUGCCGUUGCGGGGUCUGUCGCCGGUGUUGUUUUCCUCGUCGGCGUGGUUUUCACUGUUUUCUGGCGGCGGCGGCGGCGGCAGCAUCUGAUCGGAGCAGCAAAGGCAAUGGAGGGUUCCCUGGCGGCGUUUUCUUACCGGGACUUGCAGUAUGCGACCAAGAACUUCUCUGAGAAAUUAGGGGGCGGAGGUUUCGGUUCUGUUUUCAAAGGAACAUUGCCGGAUUCAACUGUGAUUGCUGUGAAGAAACUGGAAAGCAUAAGCCAAGGAGAGAAGCAAUUCCGAACGGAAGUGAGCACCAUCGGGACAAUCCAGCACGUCAAUCUUGUCCGCCUUCGUGGGUUCUGCUCUGAAGGGAAUAAAAAGUUAUUGGUCUACGAUUUCAUGCCGAAUGGCUCCUUGGAUUCGCAUCUUUUCAGUGAAGAUGGGUCCAAGUUCUUGGACUGGAAAUUGAGGUACCAGGUUGCAUUAGGCACAGCAAGAGGCUUAAGUUAUCUCCACGAGAAGUGCAGGGAUUGCAUCAUCCACUGCGACAUAAAGCCAGAAAACAUCCUCCUCGACUCCGAAUUAUGUCCCAAAGUUGCAGAUUUCGGUCUGGCAAAGCUCAUGGGACGCGAGUUCAGCAGGGUGCUAACCACGAUGCGGGGUACGAGAGGCUAUCUCGCACCCGAAUGGAUAUCCGGGGUUGCCAUCACAGCAAAAGCAGACGUCUACAGCUACGGGAUGAUGCUCUUCGAGUUCAUAUCCGGGAGCAGAAACUCGGAGCAUACAGAAGAUGGGAAAGUGAAAUUCUUCCCCAGUUGGGCUGCACAAACAAUACUUGAAGGAGGAGACAUCCUCGGAUUACUGGACCCCAAACUGGACAACAUUGCUGACCCUGACGAGGUAACCAAGCUCUGCAGAGUGGCAUUCUGGUGCAUCCAAGACGAUGAACAUCAAAGGCCAUCAAUGGGCCAGAUUGUUCAGAUUCUUGAAGGGGUUUUGGAGGUGAACAUGCCGCCCAUCCCUCGGUCUCUUCAAGUUUUUGCUGAUAAUCAAGAACACAUAGUUUUCUUCACGGAAUCAUCUUCAAGCCAGAGUAGCUCACAAACUCACAGCAAGACUUCAAAUGCUUCAUCUCAGGCAAAAAGUUCCUCCAAUUCUUCCUCUCAGGUUAACAGCACCACGGCCUCAUCAAACAGCUAAAUGUGAGGAUGAAGAUUGCAGAUGCAUCAGACUUUUGCUAGCCUGCUAGGCUAUGUGUAUAAUCAGAAUCCUGAAGCUGAUAAUUAGUAUUCAGUAAUGUAUAUUUCUUUUUGUUCACUAUAAUAAUGUGGAAUGAAAGUUUUUCCCAAUUA